CCUCACAGUUCCACUGACGGAUUCGCAGCGCGUUUAAAGAAUAACGAUAGCAUAAUAAAACUACGGCACACAAAUGAGAUAACGUCAGUAAAAAAAUAAAAGUCAGUAUGCUUGAAGUGUAUCUAAGCGAAAUAAUCUAACUUGACCAGCAGAACGUAAAUUUUGUGUGACCCUGUGCUGGAAGAACGGAGUGUUGUUUUCCACAAAUCGUCACUACUGGCGCUACUGUUGGAGCAAGUGACUAGGAAGAUGUGGACUUGGACGCUGUUUUUGGCUGUGUGUCUGUGGCUGUGUUUGUGCGCAACAUGCGCACAGCCCUCACCAAUGGAAGAGGAGCUGUUAAAUACUGCUACUACACAACUGGAGAGAUUAGACUGGAAGUCUUAUCCUGAGAAAGCGUGGCAGGAGGUUAGAAUGAAACUUGGAUCAGAGACGGCAAACCCUGUCUACCAAGCUUGCAGCUCAAAAACCAGCCGCAGAACUGUGUGGAGUAACUGGAUCCCACGAAACGAUGCCCACCUGCUGUUAAUGGAUCUGGUAUUCGCUCAGGAGGUUGAAGAGACUGGCCUGCAGAGUCCCUUGGAGGUGAUUGUCUGGGAAUCGGACAAGCCUUUGCGCCGUUUUUACCAUGGAGAUGAAAGCGUUGUUCACCAGCUUCGUGCCAUGAAGCCGUUCCUGCCAACAGCCAAAAUACCUGACCAGAUAGAGGAGAAUCUCAACUACAGCCAUGGCCUACCUCUGGGCUCUCUCUUCCGGAAGGGUUUCCACCUGGGAUUUUCCUACUCUGGCCCCUGCCUGUUCAUCGCCUCGGUCAGACUGUACUUCAGGAAAUGCCCAGGCGUAGUUGAAGGCCGGGCCGUUUUUGGAGCAGCCGUCGCAGAGUCAGGGAUUGUAGGCGGAUCCUGCGUGGAGAAUUCGGUGCAGGUGUCACCACCCAGUAGGGAGUGUCUGCCUGACGGGUACUGGGGUCCACUGCAAGGACAGUGUGACUGCAAACCAGGCCACCAGGAGGCUGGGCAUAUCUGUGUAGCCUGCAGAGAUGGAGCUUUCAGACCUGCCAAUGAGAGUGGAGGGUGUGGCCCGUGUCCGCCCAAUAGCAGAACAGAUGGAGAAGGAGCAGAGGAGUGUAACUGUAUGCCAGGGUAUGCCCGUGUACCAAGCGACCCAAUUGAAAUGGGGUGCACAGGGCCCCCCUCGUCCCCCCACAACGUGUCGGCUCAUCGCCUGGGCGAUUCCGCGCUGCUCCUGCUCUGGGACCCGCCCUUUGACCUCGGCGGGCGUGAGGAGGUGUGGUACGACCUGCAGUGCUGGGAGAAAGAGGGGGAUUCUGGGAGCCAGUGGGAGAGGUGCGGGGAGGCCCUGCAUUUUUACCCAGGCUCCCACAGGCUUGAAGACACGACGGUCAACGUGACAGGGGUGAACCCGCGCGCGGACUACCGCCUGUCCGUCACAGCGGCAAACGAGGUGUCCGCACUGCUCGGCACGGUGACCUCCUCCGGGUCCAUAACCAUCCACAGAUGGAAAUCUGAGGUCAUCUUCACUCCUGACCCUGAGCCGUUGAGGAAGGAGCCUCUCUCUCCCUGGAUGCUGGGGGGCGGGGUGGGUGCGGUCCUCAUCCUGCUCUCCCUGGUCAUUACAGCUGUCUGUUUCACACGGCGAAAGCACAAGCUCAGUCAUGACCAGGAGCUCCACCCCCUCCACACAGGAGUGUCGUACCGUCGCCAGGAGCAACACGACGUAGCCCCUGCCCCGCAACAAAGCAGCAGCCAGCUGUUUGAAGGCCUGAAUGACAGACUUCAGACCAGCCUGAAGGAGAUGUUGGUGGAUCGCAGGACUCUGACCCUGGGCAAGGCGUUGGGCACAGGAGAGUUUGGGACAGUCUAUGAAGGAAUCUUCUCCCCGCAGGAAGGAGUUCACAUUAAAGUUGCAGUGAAGACCAUGAAAGUUGGAAUAGACAGCAGAGAGGAACUGCAGUCCUUCCUGAGGGAAGCUGAAAUCAUGCAAAGCUUCAACCAUGACAAUGUGGUCAAGCUGCUUGGGGUCACCCUGGAGCAGCAGCAGGACUCCUCCGUUCCCGCGCCGAUGGUGCUGAUGCCCUUCAUGAAGCACGGAGACCUGCGGCGCUUCCUCAUCGCCACGCGCUAUGGCGACGUUCCCAUGUUUGUGCCCUAUCAGAGUCUCCUGCGCUUCAUGAUUGACAUUGCAGCUGGGAUGGAAUACCUCAGCUCCCAGGGCUUCAUUCACAGGGACUUGGCUGCACGCAAUUGCAUGUUGGGCGACGACCUGCGGGUGUGUGUGGCUGACUUUGGGCUCUCCAAGAAAAUCUACGACAGCAACUACUACAGGCAGAAGGUGACCAUCCGUGUGCCGAUAAAGUGGAUGGCAGUGGAGAGUCUGUCCGAGUCCAUCUACACCACCAAGAGCGAUGUGUGGUCCUUUGGGGUCACCAUGUGGGAGAUCGUGUCAGGAGGACGAACACCAUAUCCCGGGGUCCACAACCACGAGCUGAUGGAUCUGCUGGAGUCCGGUUACCGGCUCAAAGCACCAGACUGUGAUGUCAGACUGUAUGAAGUGAUGCACUCCUGCUGGAACAGAGACCCUACGCGGAGACCAGGUUUUGGGGAGCUGGGGGCAAAGCUCAAGGCCCUUCUGUCUGAACUGCCACCCCUAGAAGCCAGCCAGGAAGCCCACUACAUCAACCAGGGCCUGGAGGUGGCUGAUCAGACCAGACUGGAGGGAGGGGAUCCAGAGGCAGAGGAGGGGGCGACGGGCAAUCUGUACAUCCCUGGGCCAGUGGCCAUCAAACCCCCCAUGGAGGAUGAAGAGGGCUACCUGCUGUGCGUUAAAACUCAAACGGAGGGGAAGUGCCUUUAUUAG